CUCAACCGCGUCUUCUUCCUCCUGCAACCUCUUCUCCUGUCCCGAUUCUGUUUGACCGGAGUAUAUGGCGGAAGUACGAUCACGAUUAAGAUCACGGCGAACGGAGAUCAGUUGGGCUACAAUAUGCUGCUCAGCUUUCUCCUGUCUUCAUCUCUACUGGGCACGUAUUGUAAUCCGUAAAUGGUUUAAUGUUUCAGCCACUGAGUCAGAUUAUAGCGCUGAUAGUGACGAUGACUGCGUAGAGAGAGUCCAAGUGUUAGCAGAAGUUGAACCAAGUAGCUCUGGAGUUACCAAUCCUCGUGUUGAUACUGAUGUUUCAGAUGUGCCUAAGCUUAGAAGAAGAAAUUCAGAAACUUUCAGGGUGCAGUAUAUGGAGACCAAAGCAAUCAGGAUCUGUGCUGGGACAUGGAAUGCUGGAGGAAGAGUUCCACCAGCUGAUUUGGAUAUUGAUGGUUGGCUAGACACUGCUGAACCUGCUGACAUUUAUGUUCUUGGUUUUCAGGAAAUCGUUCCCUUAAAUGCCGGAAACAUUUUUGGUAUGGAAGAUGACCAGCCUGCUUCUGAAUGGGAGAACUUGAUACGUGAUGCCUUAAACCGAGUUCGACCUAGAAAGCUGAAGAUCGUAAGUCACAGUGACCCCCCUUCUCCAUCGAAGUUUAAGCAAUCUGAAGAGGUCUCUUACAGCGUAGAAGAUAUGUUUGUUGAAACCAGUCAUGAUGCUAGCGAUGUGAUUCAUUCAAUGGAUAAGAAACCCAGUUCUAAUGAAGGUACGGACAGACCAAUCGUAGGUGAAGAUUCACUUACUAAUAUAGACGUUUUGGGUUCUACCGAUGACAACACAUCUUGCUUGCCCAUACAAGACUAUCUACCAAGGCAAUUUUCAUCACCAAAUACGCCGAACCGCUCUCUCUCAGUGCAGGUUAAUAGUGAUUCCCAAAGGGAAGGAAGAUUUAGUUACACUGAAAGAGUUGUUUUGAGGUGGCCAGAGCCUCCAUUAAAACUGCUUAAUCAAUAUGUUUCGGAAAGAAGUGGUUCCUUCAAGUCAGUGAGUCUAACUAUAAAGAAUCUUAGAAAACCAUCAUAUGUACGGAUUGUGAGUAAACAGAUGGUCGGAGUGUUUCUCACCAUUUGGGUUCGGAGGAGCUUGCGCAAGCACAUAAGCAACCUUUGUGUAUCUACUGUUGGUGUUGGUAUUAUGGGCUACAUUGGUAACAAGGGAUCCGUAUCGGUGAGCAUGUCAAUCUAUCAGACACCGUUUUGCUUCUUGUGCUCACAUCUGUCAUCUGGGGAAAAAGAUACAGAUGAAGAGAAAAGAAACGAUGAUGUACGUGAAAUUCAUAGAAGAACACAGUUUCUUCCACAUUCUUCAAAUGCGAAUGAGCUUCCAAGAAGCAUCCAUGAUCAUGAAAGAAUAAUCUGGCUGGGAGAUCUGAACUAUCGGAUUAACUUGUCGUAUGAGAAGAUACAUGAACUUAUUGCAAGAAAGGAAUGGCAGAGGUUGGUAGAGUAUGACCAGCUUUCAAGAGAAAUGGCAAAAGGGAACGUAUUCGAGGAAUGGUCAGAGGGAACUUUAGAUUUUGCACCAACUUACAAAUACGAAAUCGAUUCAGAAAACUACAUCGGAGAUGACCCGGAAUCCGGGAAACGUAGACCAGCCUGGUGUGACCGCAUCAUUUGGAACGGGAAGGGAAUGAAGAUUUUUAAUUACAGAAGAAACGAGAUUAAAUUAUCCGAUCACCGUCCCGUCACAGCCACGUUCUUGGCCGAGGUUGAGGUUUUGUCUCCACGGAAACUUCAGCGUGCACUUGCACUCACGUACGCCUUUAUCCAAGGCCAUGAAGCUUCUCCAGACUUCUAAAUACAUAUCUCUCUGGUCAGAUUCCAUAUUGUGUAUAGUAAGUAAUUUUACAACUUGUAUCAAUUUCGUAAAUUUAGGAAUGUAUAAAUAGUGUUCAUGUUAAAAAAACAUAGAAGAUACUUGCUUACAGACGAAGAACAAAGACUGCAUUUCAUGUA